AUGUCUAGAACAAUAGCAUUUGAAGCCGCCCUGGCUGAACUCCAUGCAGAGGCCUGCUGCCCCCUCUGCAUGGAUUACUUCAGAGAUCCGGUGACUCUUGACUGUGGGCACAACUUCUGUGACUCCUGCAUCCGCCAGCGCUGGGAAGAUUUAGAGGAUGUCUUCCCCUGUCCUAUCUGCCUCCACCACUGUCGUGGCAGGAAACUCAGGAAGAACUACCAAUUGUGUAACAUCAUUGACAGCAUUAAGCAGGUCCCCAUCAGAAACACUAGGCAGAAUUGGCAGGAAGAACAGCUGUGUGAGAAACACAAUGAGAUCCCGGAUUUGUUCUGUGAGGAGGACCUGGAGCCAGAGGAGGACCUGGAGCCGGUGGAGGACCUUGAUCACCACCUGAUCCCCACUGAGAGAGCUGCAGUGAGUCAAGAAAGAAGCUCCGAAGAUGCACAAAGAUUGUGA